UUCAAUUUAUUAUUAUUAUUUAUUUUUUUCUUGCCUUCUAAAUUUCUCUCUUUCUGUGCCAUGUAACUGAAACUCAAAAAGAUAAGGAAGCCACACACAGAGCUCUAGAAUGAGCUGCUCAUUGAGCAUCCAAAUCCCCAAGGCUCUGCCUCCUCUCUCCCUUAUUCAAUCAAGAUUCUCAUCCCUCCCAAUUGUUUCUAAACAAAAACAACCCCCAAGUUCAAAGCCAAAAAAGACACUUGCAGGCAAUAGUAGAAAGCCUAUCGACUCCUUUCCUCCCCAAAAAACCAGUCUUGCAGUACAAGUUGGAGCACUUUUGGCCACUGUAGCUCAGCCGGCUUUCGCGGUCACCGGAGUAAAUCACGAAGAGGAUUUCAUAUGGGUUUUGAUUCAACUGGGCAUUGCAGCCUUUUGGUACUUCCUGAUCAUGCCGCCUAUUAUUAUGAACUGGCUUAGGAUCAGAUGGUACAGGAGGAAUCUGUUAGAGAUGUAUUUGCAGUUCAUGUUUGUGUUCAUGUUCUUUCCCGGAGUGCUUCUUUGGGCUCCAUUUCUGAACUUCAGGAGAUUCCCUCGAGAUCCAAACAUGGAGUAUCCUUGGUCUACACCUCAAGAUCCUUCCCAAAUUAAAACUACAUACCUCAAAUAUCCCUGGGGCAAAAUUGAAGAUUAUGAAUAAUCUCAUCACUUUCUUCAUCGCCGAAUUCCAAACACAUGCUCAUCCCUUGGGACUUCAGAAACCCUACCUUCUAUGUAUCAUAAACUAACUCCAUACAUACAUAUUUAUUUAGGCUUCUUUUGUUAGGAUUUAAAAUUCUAGUCUAAACAAAUGCAGCCUUAAUUUUUUUCUUUC